UUCUAUAAUUUCAUGCCCAAAUUGAGUUUCUAGUGUACGAAUAGUCGGUUUUUAUGUGUUGUUGUUGGUCGGUCGGCGGGGGCGGCUGAAACGGGCUAUUGGUUCAAUUUUCAUUAAAUUACGGGCCAUUUGAACCAAGUGCGGCACUAAUGAGAUGGUCUUCGGUGCUAUGUUGCUGACGGGCAACCUCAACGGCCCAAAACAGCAGCAGCAGCAACAUCAGCAGGAUCAGGAGCAGCAGCCGCCGCAGCAGCAGGAACAAAAUACAAAACCUGGAGCCAGCAAGUCCUCCAGCACCAACAAAGAGCAGCAGGAUCCGCAACCCAUUGCCGCCGGGUAUUAUGCCCUCGGCAUACGCAUACCCAAGUCACCAUCUUUUCACAGCGGACUAGACCAGCUGGCUGACGACGAGUUGGAGGAUCAGGAUCAGGAUCGGGAGCAGCCGGGGCAGGAGCAGGCCGGCAGCCGAUUCAAAUUUAGCAGCGUGGAGGAGCUCAAGGCAAAGUUCGAGGGGCGGAAAACGCCCCUCUCGCCGCCCGAAGCAGCAGCAGCGGGAGUGGCAACAACAUCAUCCUCGCCCUCGUCCUCGUCCACCAGCUCAAACUCCUCGGCUUCGGCGCUGUCCUCACUGUCCCAGGCGGCCUCAUCCUCGCUAGCCUCGGCGGCUGCCAACUCCUCGGCCUCAUCCUCGGCAGCCACAUACGGCGGUGGGGCCAAUUCGGCGGCAGCGGCUUUGAUAGCAUCCUCCCCCUUUGGAUCACAGUCCUCUACUUCCUCGUUGUCGCUCUCUUCGAAUGCCGGCAUGUCGAAGAACCCACCGACAGCAGCAGGAUCGGCAGGAGCCUCGGGUAGCUCAACGAGUGCCGGCCCCGCACCGAGCAGCGGAAACUCCCUGGUGUCCACCCUGGCGCAGCACUUUUCUGCGGCUACCUCGGCCGCAGCAUCGGCUGCUGUAGCAGCCGCCUCCUCUGCAUCGGCCGCUUCCUCCUCCACACCUUCCACCGCACCAACCAACAACGCAGGCAGCUCCAUCGCCGCUAGCAAGUCACCUGUAAGCGCGGCCGCAGCCAUAAAGAAUAUACUUAAUGCCACCAAGAGUGUGGGCAACAGUGCUGCGGCGGCGGCAGCAGCGGCAGCGGCAGCCACCACCUCCUCAUCAUCCUCAUCCUCCACGCCCGUGGUGGCGACGCCAGCCGCCGCCGCCGUCGUCCCUCCAACCAGCGAGGCGCCCGCAGAGGAGCUGCGUCCGACGGUGGCCCAGAAUCUGGUGGGCGGCAUUAGCAUCUCUUUGGGCAUUGGCCAGCGCAAUGGCAGUGUUACAUCCGCGUCGCCAGCAGUUGUGGCGAUACCGAGCACCACAUUAGUUGUGACCACAUCCAGCCUGAGCAUCCGCCAGAAUGGGGAAAUAAUCCAGGGUCACCCAUGUCUCCAGGACUCGCCCCAGACGCUGCAACAGCUGACGGGCAGUCCAGGACGGGCGCGGGACCGGAAUCUGUUCUACUCGCCACCCACCGCUUCGGUUGCCCUGGCGCUGCCUGCACUGCGAGAAACGGCAACCAGUGAAAGGGAGGAAUUGUUCAUACAAAAGAUCCGACAAUGCUGCACCCUCUUCGACUUCUCCGAGCCGCUGAGCGACCUCAAAUGGAAGGAAGUGAAGCGAGCGGCCCUUCACGAGAUGGUCGAUUUCCUCACCAACCAAAAUGGGGUCAUCACCGAAAUUAUCUACCCGGAAGCGAUCAGUAUGUUUGCGGUCAACCUAUUCCGCACGCUGCCGCCAUCGUCCAAUCCGAAUGGCGCUGAAUUCGAUCCAGAGGAGGAUGAGCCCACGCUGGAAUCGUCGUGGCCACAUCUGCAACUUGUCUACGAGCUGUUUUUGCGCUUCUUGGAGUCACCAGAUUUCCAACCAAAUAUGGCUAAACGUUAUAUCGACCAUCAAUUUGUAUUACAACUUUUGGAUUUAUUCGAUUCGGAGGAUCCACGUGAACGUGAUUUCCUAAAGACUGUUUUACAUCGCAUCUAUGGAAAAUUUUUGGGCCUGAGAGCAUUUAUUAGAAAGCAGAUCAACAAUGUCUUUUACAGAUUUAUUUAUGAAACGGAGCAUCAUAACGGCAUAGCCGAGUUAUUGGAAAUCCUGGGCAGCAUUAUCAAUGGCUUUGCUCUACCGCUCAAAGAAGAGCAUAAACAAUUUUUACUUAAGGUAUUGUUGCCAUUGCACAAAGCCAAGAGCCUCUCGGUCUACCAUCCGCAACUCACCUACUGCGUUGUGCAGUUCCUUGAGAAGGAUCCCAGUUUAUCGGAGGCGGUUAUCAAAAGCCUGCUUAAAUUUUGGCCGAAGACGCACAGUCCCAAGGAGGUAAUGUUCUUGAAUGAGCUGGAGGAACUCUUGGACGUCAUCGAGCCGGCCGAGUUUCAAAAGGUGAUGGUGCCGCUGUUCCGUCAGAUAGCCAAGUGCGUCUCCUCGCCCCACUUCCAGGUGGCCGAGCGGGCGUUGUACUACUGGAACAACGAGUACAUCAUGUCACUGAUAGCAGAUAACUCGGCGGUGAUACUACCCAUUAUGUUCCCAGCGCUCAAUCGCAACUCAAAGACGCACUGGAACAAGACUAUUCAUGGCUUGAUCUAUAAUGCGCUAAAGCUGUUCAUGGAGAUGGAUCAGCGGCUUUUUGACGAGUGCAGCAAGAACUACAAACAGGAGAAGCAGAUGGAGCGCGAGAAGCUGUCGCAGCGGGAGGAACUCUGGCAGCAGGUUGAGAGCCUGGCCAAGACCAACCCGGAGUGGACGAAAGCGCGCCGCUUCAACGACUGCCUGCCGGUCAGCGACCGGGCCCUCUACGAUCAAUAUAAUGAGAAUUGCGAUCUAGCCUACGAUCAGAGCGGCGACCAGCAGCAGACACGUCAGCCGCCGCCUCCGCUGCCGCCCCAGAAGCAGGCUCUGCAGGAGCCCCGAGAGAUUCGUGGUGAGCGGAACAAGGACAAGCCGCUACUGCGCCGGAAGUCGGACCUGCCCUCGGACAGUGGGACCGUGAAGGCGCUCAUCGAGCACAAGCGAACCGAUGAGUACCUCACAACGCCGCCAGAUGGGAACAACUACUAGGUGGAAAUCGGCGGAUCAGCGUAUCAAAGCCCAAAGAUAAACCACACGAAAUACCCAGAACAACACGUACACUUUCUACACCAUAGGUGAAAUACAAAACCAGAAAGAAGAUGAAGGAUACGAUAAGCACGAUUAGAACAAAAAGAAAAUAAUCAAUUAUUUGAAUGCAUUUGCAUCGCAUUUUUGGGGCUUAGUGGGGGCAGCGAACCACACAACUGCUAUAUAUAAACACAUAUGAAAUACUUAUCUAUAAAGAACAACAUGCUUAGUACCAAUAAAGAUCUGAAAUCCCAAUCGAGA